CGGUGGUCUCCUGGGCAUGGCAAUCAGCGCUCCAGAGAUCAAUGUAAGCCACAGGAACCCCCUGAGUAACCUGACCCAGUCUGGCGUGGGUCCGGCCACUAACCAAAGCAGCAACGGCACGGCCGCUGGCCUCUUCCCUGCCUCAGACAGCAAGCUGCACUGUGAUAUAGAUCUGGAGGAGAGGAGGUGUCGACCUUUCCGCAAAAACUCCAGCAAGGUCAUUUCCCACGAUCCUCCGCAGUACGAGGUUGGCAGCGUAGCCGGACACGCUCACGGUGUCAUGUUGCCAAGAUACAAGAAGGAGCCCGUGGAAAAUACUGAGACGGUUGGCAACUUGGGGCUCUACAUCGUCUUCUUCCUGAUCGUCAUCUCAUCUCAAGCGACCGUUGCCGUGCCGUUCAAUGCGCUUGUGGCUGACAAGUCCCACCCAUCGCAGAGAGGAUUCAACUCUGGGAUGAUGGGCGCAAUGAUCUUGCUUGGCAACGUAUCGGGUGCUGCGGCUGGCAUUGGCUUCACUCGGAUCGGAGUUCUCAGCAUGUAUGCCAUCAUCAUUGGUGUGCUGGUUGUGUGCGUGCUCAUCACCACGUUCAGCAUCACUGAGGCGCAGGCCAAGCCCGACAGGAAGGCGGAGCCAGUCACUUGCAAAUCUGUGUUCCUUGGAUUUUGGACUCCUCUAAAAGAGCACGACUUCCGAUGGGUGUUCAUCACCAGAUUCCUCAUGCAGCAAGGAGUGGCCACUAUAACAGGGUUCCUGGAGUACUGGCUCAACGACAUGAUUCCUCUGCCCAACUGCAUGGCGGCCACGACCGCUGUGGCCAUGUUGCUGCUGCCCCUGCUGUUUGCCGCGGCUGUCAGCUCCAUCAUAUUUGGCGUUGUCUCCGACAAGACAGGGUAUCGCAAGAUCAUAGUCACUAUAGCAUCCUUCAUGAUGGGCGUAGGAUCUUUCAUUAACGCAUUCCUGUCGGGAGACUAUGCCUACUACAUUGCUGGUGUUGUCUCAUUUAUCAUAGGUUUGGGUUUCGGAGCCUACCAGUCGGUGGACUUUGCCCUGGUGAUGGACGUGCUGGCCGAGGACGCGGACAAGGCCAAGGACAUCGCUGUCUGGCAUCAGGCCCUGGUCCUGCCGCAGGCUCUGGCCACGCCCGUCGGGGGCGUCGUCCUUGACCUAUUCGAGAAGGUCAACUGCCACAUAGGGCUCGGCUACAUCAUCCUGUUCAUCCUCACCUCCUUCUACGCUUUCUUGAGCGGAGCGCUGGUCUUCAAGAUCCGCCGAGCUCGCUGAGGACAAGAGAAGAAGAAUGAUGAUGAUCUCGUGGAUGGCUCUGAUGGAUGUGGGCCCGAAACUUUUGAGAAAACUUGCCAUAGCUUGUUCCAGUGAUACAGUUCCGCUCUUGCCUGAUUGAGAAAAAGUGACGCUGAAAAUGAUGAAAGUCAGUGUUUUUCUAGUAUUUAAAUACAAUUUAGCGUCAAAAGUAGGUUGGGUUUUUUUUAAAAAGAGACUUUCAGAUUUUUAUUAUUGAAACAGCAUUUGAUGACCAAAGGCAGCAUUACAAGUGUUUAAAGCUCUCUUGUUUUGGUUAGGUAAUCACAAGGAUAAUUUUCAAAUUUAUUCACUUUAAUGUUCAGCACAAACGAAUGUUUAUGGUACUUUUUAUAACUCAAUUUCAGUACCAAUUGAAGCUUUUUCCCUUUUAGAAAAUGAGCACCGGGAAAACCAUGAAAGCACUUGUAAUGUCUUUUGACCAAACACAAACUAAAGUCAGCUCAUAUUUUGUGUUUCAAUUUUUUUAGUCAUCUCCAGUCACUUUUUUUACAUAACAGGCAUGGGCUAUUUAAUUGUUAUGCAGUGUCAUCCUUUGUGAUUGCUGUAAAGUCCGUCGGGCCUGGUAUCUAGCUGAGGAGCAAGGAGAUAAACAAAGGCCAACCGUUAUGUCCUUCAAGCCCCUCUCAUUUUUUCCGAAUUACUUCACUGAUGAGGUACACUAUAUCAGUAGAUGUCUUGUUUAUGAACGUAUUAUCCAGCUAAGGUGAAUGAAUCCUUCAGCAUAUUUUGGCAAAUCAUACUUAAUUAAGUAAUUUAAAAAAUUAACACUUUGUCAUGGUUUUAGAUCCUGCAUUUAAAAUACAUUUGUUUUAAGUUAUAUUCUCACUUGCAGAUCUUGGAAUUUUAUCAUACUAAUGUCAUGAGUAUGUCAUGAUUGUACAUCCCACUAAGAGAAAUGUUUCUUUGUAAAUGUUGUCCUCACGUGACCUCUUCCUAUACUUUGAAACCAAAGUGUACACUGGUGGUAGCUAUUUGCAUGUCUUUAUUUAUUGAGGUGAAUUAUUCCCACUGGUAAAACCAAAACCAUUGUUUUCGCUUAUGGAUUUGAUCUUAAUAAGGAAUUGCUUGAA